AUGGUGUUCCUGCAGGAGACGCAUUUCCAUCAAGGGGAUGCCCCAAAGCUGGGAAACAAACGUUACCCAUUAGGGUAUUAUGCUAACCACCCUGAGGCCAAAAAAGCGGGAGAGGCGAUACUGUUUGCGAGUACGACACAGUUUCAAUGCACGGCGAUGCAAGCAGACCCCCAAGGGCUAUAAUUAUUUCUCAAAGGUAACGUUGCGGACUUUACAUACACCUUCACUUGCUUAUACGGCCCCAACAGACGGCAACAUACUUUCAUCGGACAAACCCUAGCCAAACUGGGGAGAUUUCGGGAGGGAUUGCUGGUGGUGGCGGGAGACUUAAACCUUCCGCUGGACCCCCGCCUGGACUCGUCCAGGGGUGUCAGUAUGAUCCCCACACACUGCCUACGGGCAACGCUACGCUAA